GCGGAGCCUGGCGGAGGUGGGGCCAGCCUGUCCUUGCCAGACGUGGCGCAGCGGCCCGGUGGUUUUGGGUGCAGCCUGCGGAUUGUCUUCUGCCAGGUACAGAUGAGCAUCCUGCUGUGGCCGCCGCCGUUGCUACUGCUUCUCGCGGCGCUUGUGGCUCCAGCCGCGGCCGCCACCACCUACCGGCCGGACUGGAACCGUCUUCGAGGCCUGGCCCGCGGCCGGGUGGAGACCUGUGGAGGAUGACAGUUGAAUCGCCUAAAGGAGGUGAAAGCUUUCGUCACCCAGGACAUUCCGCUCUACCACAACCUGGUGAUGAAACACCUCCCUGGGGCAGACCCCGAGCUCGUGCUACUGGGCCGUAAUUACCAGGAACUGGAGCGCAUCCCACUCAGCGAAAUGACCCGCGAGGAGAUCAACGCGCUGCUACAGGAGCUCGGCUUCUACCGCAAGACCGCGCCCGAGGCACAGGUGCCCCAGGAGCACCUGUGGGCCCCCGCUAAGCCCCCCGGGGAGGCCCCGGACCGCGCCGACCUGUAGGCAGAGCUGGGACUGUCCUGCCUGGUCCCUGGGGACAGAAUGAAGCGCUCAACAUCCCGGGAGUACCUCCCUUGCUGAGGGCUGACGCCCGGUCCCCGAGCCAGCAGGAAUGGGGUUGGGGAGAUUUCUCUCACCCCUUCUUCCCCUCCCCAGCUCCACUAAAUCCCCUUCUGCCCCAAC